UUGACUUCCACGAGUGUGGGGGGGAGGGCAGGAGCAUAUUAAUGAAACAGCAGCGGUCGAAGUAAAGGGUAAAAGUAAAUUUACCAGAGGCACGCGAAGUGUCUGGCCUCGUAAAUUUCGACGAAUGCGUGUGUGUUCAUUUUUACAUGCAAUUCGUCAGACGGAGGACCAACUGUCGUUAAACUUAAAAUUACAAUAAAGUAUAGAUAUCACAGUAGUAACUUUAAUCAUCCAAGUUCUGCAUAAGCAAAUUUGAAACGACACAAGGCGCGAAAUGUACCGGCACUACGAAUCGGCAAACUUUUGAACAUCAAGUAUAAAGUGGUGUAGAGUAUUACGAAGUUUAUCCUAUAUUUCUACAGUCUGUCUGUAGAAUAAUGGACGUAGUGGUUGGAGUAGGGGAUAGCACACCUGUACAACCAUCUGGGGUAACCACCCCCACGUUCACGGCGUCGCGACGCCACAUGCGACAGUCGCUCGCUGAGCCGGGAUGUCGAAGGAUCUAGCUGGAUCUAGCCUUUUGAGAAUACAUUGUCGAAUUGUAUUUUCCAUGUAUCAAAUUAAAUGGUAUAGGAUUUUUGAAAAUUGAAAAAACAAGGACAGAAUUUUAUUCUGUGUCGAUAACCAACGACGCAUAUUUUUUUAUCAAGUUGAUUUAUGGGGAUAGAGCGUCUCUCUGUGUAAACAUUAAGGGAACAAACUGUGUGUCACGUUACAAAAAAUCUUCAGUAUAAUAUGACGCCACUGCAUGAUGGUCAAGAUUAUUAUAGAAAGAUGUUGGAACUUCAGGAGAGAUUACGCAAAAGCGAAGAAGAGAGGAUGAAGCUGGAGGAACGAUUCAAUACGUUAGUUCAAGAAUCCCGCAAUAGGCACGAAGCGUGUAUCAACAGACUACGUAUGAGAUACAUCGAGUUUUUGGAAGAACAACGCGCCAGAGAUGAAAGAAAUCACAAAUUACUUGGAGCCCUGGAUAAGGUGGAUAGCAGUCUAGCCUUGAUGACUGCCAAAACAGAUAGACUCAGUAUUCUACGGAAGCAGUACGAAGCUUAUCUACUACGCGUAUAUGCCAACAGAUGCCCGACUGGUACGGGGGACAGUGGCGUCGCUAGUCAGAAUGACGAAAGGCCGUCCAAAAAGGAUAUACCUCAAGUCAAUCGAACAGCACAGUCUAUCAAUCAAUCUGUGGAAAUGUCGCGUGUUACUGUCCCAACCGUGAACCUCUCCAGAACGUCCUUCCAGCAGAGUCAGACUGUACCAGCUGAAUAUACUGAGACAAGAUAUAUGGGUCCUUCAGGUGUAUCACAAUAUGGGCAAAUUUCUCAGGCAAAUUCACAAGUAAACCUGCCUUAUGAGCAGAUACAAUUUUCUCAGAGACAGCAGGUUCCAUUUGCUUAUGAAACCUCUGUUAUGGAGGGUCAGGGUAGUACGCGUCAACAGUAUUCACCGUAUGCAGUGAGGACAGCCCAAGUAGCAGGAAGUCCUGAAAGUGUUUCAGAGUUUAAUCCUCAGAAAGUUCAGUAUGGACGAUUUGCUCCUAGUUCUCAGCCAGUCUUAUCCCAGCAUCAGAUUACAGAAAUUACUGCUCGUUUACCUCAGAUUGAGCCUGAGCAAAGUGUUUCAAGAUAUUUAUCAGCUUCUGUACCACAUGUUCCAAUCGACAGGAACAUUCCUCAAGUUGUGACAUCCAGGGCACCAGAAGUUGUUGAACCCUCUGGUGGUAACGUGACAGAGUUUCUUCCUAGCAUGACACUUCAAGAUCAUCAACGGGAUCCUGAACGACACUUCAUGCCUUCUCAGUUGGUACCUGGCAGCGGUGAUCUGCAAAACGCUUUGACGGGUGACACUAGCUUUAAUCUGCACAGACAGAGUACUCCUUUACCUAGUUACUUGGAUUAUUCAAUAAGAUAUACUCGGGAUGAGCCCAAGGUCGAGGAAGAAACCCGAUCAAUGACAAAGAGCGACCUCGAAGAUUUAAUAAAACGGAAUGAACGUAUUUUACCAAAAAAUUAUCCAUCCCGCAACGAAAGACCGAAGGCUACAGGACGUACCUCUAAAUUUUCUUCGAUCAUAAACAAAAAUUCCGUAAUUUCGGACGGCAGAUCGACAAAGGCUUUGGAAAGUGAAUUGGACAAUUAUAUCAGCAAGAUCAGAACUCUUCAUCGUGAUUUGGAUCAACAAAGUCUGGAGGAAUUGGAUCAUGAACAGAAUACAAGUGGUGAUCUUCUGAAUGUAACACUGUCGGACGAUGGACCUGAUUUACCGGUAGAAGAGAAAUCAAGAGAAAAUCAAGUACCUGAACAAGUUCAGGAAGUCUUGGCACUAGCGGAUGACCUAGCAUCCAGUACGGCAAAUAUAGACGACGUGUUAGUUGGGCCGACCAAUGAAAAACGUCAAACCGUUGGAGAGAGUCCCAAGGGAAUGUCUUCUGCUGAAACAAACGUGAAAAAGGAAGAUUCUGGCUACCAAGUGACUUUAACUAAUAUGACUGUAAACGAGACAGGCAAUCAGGCACUUCGUAUCAAGGACAGCGCGUGCGCGGCAUUAGCGACUCUUGCGGCUGACGGAAUUAGAGCUAAGGUUGCGACAUCAGAAUUGGAAAUAGCGAGUCCGCAUAAAAAUAUUAGGAAACUUGCGACACCGCAUGUUGAGAAUAGCAGCGUUAAUGUAGGCGUUACGAUACCAAGUAAACAGAGUGAUGAGAUUAAGAAAGAUCAAUUGAAAGCGGUUCAUGAGAUACCGGUUGACUUGGCUGCAGAACUCGGUAAAGUAAAAUUGGAUGAACGGCAAGAUACUUUGGAUGAAUCAAAGAGCUCUGUGCUCUUGGAGGAUAUUGAAGGUAAGGGAGUUCAGUUACUAGAUGAGAAGCCCAAGAUUGGCAUGAAGGUUCUUGGUGUUGAGAAGGAAGUCGAGCCGACUAGUCUUCAACAUUUUGAGAAAAAUAUUCAAGAAGUUGAGCAAGAGGAGAAGAAAGACUUCGUGACUGAAAAGGAUGUGCGUGAUGACACCGGAAAUGAAGUUCUUCAGAGCGCACUGGAAAGACAAGGGAUGUUGAGUAGAGCAGGAUCGGUCGCAGAGAAAAUUGGGAAAAAUAUUCCGGAAGAGAGAUCGUUUGAAGAUAAGAAGAUAAAAACAAAGAGUACUAUUCAGGAUAUAGACAAUGAUUUUAAGGAUCAAGAAAGUUAUUUAGAUUUAAGAGAGCCUCAACAAAGUAGUGAAAUCCUGAAGGGAGAUGAUUAUGAUAAUUUAAAUAUUAAAGAUAAGAAAAAUAUUCCCUUGGAACAUGUUUCUGGGCUCGAGCCUAAGACUAAUAAACAGAUGGAGCGACAUAGGGACGAAGAUUAUGAAAAUUUUGAUGAAGCUCCUAGAAAUUAUGCGUUGCAUCCAACUGAAACUUUGGAGUAUGGUCACCCAGAUUAUGAUUCCAGUAAAACUGAAGUAUUUAGGGAAAAGGAAUAUCCCUCAUAUGAUUUUAAAUCAAGAGAAGGAUUGGAACAGCCGAUUGAAUAUUCUCCGAUUGAACAAAUUGGUAAAUCUAAUGAAGUUCGUGAACCUGAUUCUGAUUAUGAGCAUCAUAUGGAACAGCCAUAUAAACAUGGUCCAAAUGAAGUUUAUUCAGAAAAUCCUGACCAACAAUAUCCAUAUGACAUGGGAGAACAGUAUAUUGAUGAAACUAAUCAGAGAUAUAAAUAUGAUCCAAACGUUCAGUAUGAACAUAAUCCUACUGAAGAGUAUGAACAAUAUAUACCAGAUUCAAAGGCACAGUAUGAACAGUAUCCUGGAGAGCAUUAUUCAGAAUAUGAACAUAAUCCCAAUGAACAGUAUGAGAGUGAUCCUAAUCAAGAAUAUGAACAUGAUUUAGGUCAACAGUAUGAACAGGGUCCUAAUCAACAGUAUGAGCAAGAUCCAAAUCAAGAGUAUGAACAAGAUCCUAAUCAACAAUAUGCACAUGAUCUACAUCAGCAAUAUGAGCCUGAUCCGCAUGAGCAAUAUGAACAUUAUGAGCAGGAUCCUAGUCCACACUAUAAUCUUAAUCAACAGUACGAUUCAGGACAACCGUACAACCCUGAUCAACACUAUCCUUACCCUACUGAAGGGUACGAGGAUCAAGAACAGUAUGAACCUGAAGAACAUAAUCAAAAUGAAUUUGUCAAUAAUGAAUCUUACAAUCCCGAUGAACAAGUAUACUUCGAACAGUCUGCACAACCUUAUCCCGUUGAAGAACAGGACCAUACAGCAGCCCCCAAAAAUACAGAAUAUAAUCCUGACCAAUCUCAACCCUAUGAAGAGGGCUACAAAGGUGUCGAAGAACUCCUGGAAGAUCCAGUUGUUCAAGGAAUAGAAAGUGCAGUGUCUGAACCAAAAGAAGAUGUUUUACGAUUGGAGGAUAAGGAGCGCAUCGAUCGGGAGCAGAAGGUCGAAGGUCAAGUAGAGGAUAAGAAGAAGAAGAAGGACGUGAUAAAGUCCUUAUUAGAUUCAGACACCGAUAGUACUAUAGAACGCAAUGUAUCCAACACCACAGAAAGCGACUUUGACUUCAAUUAAUUCGAAAAGUUCAAAUAAAAAAACUUCCUCGCAAGUUCAACUAGUCAAUAAAAUUUCUUAAAGGAAUGCAACCAAUUACAAUAAAUGCAUUGGAUUAUUUUCAAAUAUCCAAAAGAGUAUAUUAGCUUAAGUAGCAAUUAUCAUAAAAUCCAUAAACAAAGAUAGUGUUUAUCAUAAGAAAAGCUGCGCAGGGAAAUGAAUCCAUAAGUCCUUAUAAACCAAAUUUUUUAAAUUAAAUAAUUAGCCUCAGCCGAUAAUACUAUAUUUGAGUAACUAUCUAACUUUUAAAAUUGUACUUUCAGUAUGACUCUUAAGUAUCACACGCUGUAUAUCUAUACACUGUUAAUAAAAGAUUUAAUUUAGCUGAUA